UUCCAGAAAUCCUGGAAUGACGGCUAUGAUGCCGCACAUCAGCUGUACCUCAACGAUCAGUUUGAAGAAACAUUGAAGCUUAUCGACAAAGAUCUGGAGGACACGUCGUGCCCCCCAAUCAGCCGCGCGCACCUUCUUCUGCUGGCUUCGCUAUGUCACAAGGAAUUUGACGCUCAGAUGGAUCGUGUGAGUCGCCCUACUAAUCGUCCUGUAAAUCAUCUCUGACCAUGUUGAUAGCUCGUGGCCGCGAGAAAGGUUUACGAGACGAUGAUGAAGAAUUAUGCCUUCGGCAGCAACAAAUCAAAAGACAAGCUCCUCGAAAAUCUUCGCAAGGACCUCGAAGAUGCCGAGAAGAGAUUGGAUGAAGCGCGCCCUGGACGAUCCCUGUUCCGUAGGGACAUCGACAAAGUGACAGAUCGAUUGGCAGACAUGCAAGCGGACAACGCCACAAACUUUACGGAAAUUAAGGAUGGAGUCGUCCGUCUCGCCGACAUUGUGGGCCCAGAAUUUCAACGACUACCCGGACAAAUCCUAGGAAUGAAGGAGGAUCUGGAAGGUAGGUUGCUAGCCCUGGAUGACAUUUUGGCGAGCUUCGUCGAAAUCAAAACGGUCGAGGACGAGAAAAGGAUGUCAACGGCCGCGGUCAAGAAACAUUAUCAAGAUGAGAUCACCGAUCUCAAGAAGGAGAACAGCGAUCUCAAGGAGGAGAUCAAUGGUCUCAAGGAGAUGAUCAACUCCCAAAGCGCUCAGAUCAGCUCUCAGAACGCUCGAAUCAACUCGUUGGAGAAGCAGGCGGAAGAACGUAUCCGCGCCACAAUGAGAGCGCUGACUCAAUCUCUAUCUUCUUCGCCAAUCAAAAAGACCGAGAGCUAUGCCACAGGGGCGUCGAAAGACCCGACCAUCAAUCAUUCGCCUGAGGAGUUUGCCGAGCAACGGCUAAAGAUCGAUUCUUUGAAAGCCAAGUUGAGCUCUGUGGAGGCGAAGCUUGAGGCUCAUAAGCAGAAGAACUCACUCAUCAUCAAAAACCUUAUGACUGCCCAGGAAUUUGAACCACCGACGCCGGCCAAACCCAACACAGCGGCAACAUCUGGAGAGAUCGAAGAGGCAGCCACGGCGGGCGCCGAGGCUGAAGCUCCUUUCACGCCGACCAGGCAGAUCAAGAGAGAUCAGAAAGCCGCCGCUCCAGCCGUGUCAUCCGACGCCCAAGAGAGCGCAAAGGCCGCCGUUCUCAGCACUAUCCCGGAAGCGCCAGCGCUGCCUGCAGAAAUCACUGCCAACGAGCCUGUCGACGUUUUUAGCUCAAAGUCAGGUGCUGGACCGGAGCGAGGUGUAAGUUAAUUCGAGCUCCAAGAUAUAAAUUUCAUGCUGACAAUCGAACGCAUCGCAGGAGAGCUCAGGCAAGAAGAGGAAGACCGGCGGCAUCGCUAGGAAAUUGAUGAGAAGCGUGAGGAGUGCCUUCCAUAUUCCCAAUAGUACUUCACAGACUAAGCUUGCCAAGUUCGACGACGGAGAGGCCGAGGGACCUGCCUCGAGCGUGGCACCUCUCAAUUAGUCACGCGAUUUUGUCGGGAAUAUCGUUCUCGCUGAAUUUAGGU